AUGUCACCGUUAAAUAAUGGUACUAUAAGUACCCCCAAUUUAACAAAUAAUAAUAACAAUAACAUCGGUACCCCAAACAUUAAUGGUUCGACGUUGGUUUCCUCUUCCAACAAUAACACCACUGCAACAGCUGGUUUAGCUGUUGCUGCUAAUAAUGUUACUGCCGUUAAUAUGAAAAAAAUUAAUGAUUUAUUGGAAAGUAUUAGACAAGAGUUUGCUAAUGUUUCUCAAGAAGCUAAUUCCUAUAGAUUGCAAAAUCAAAAAGACUACGAUUUUAAAGUCAAUCAACAAUUAGCAGAAAUGCAACAAAUUAGAAACACCGUUUAUGAAUUAGAACUAACUCAUAGAAAAAUGAAAGACGCAUAUGAGGAAGAAAUUAAUAGGUUGAAAUUAGAAAUAGAUCAGAAAGAUCGUCAAAUUGCUACUUUAAGUCAAGGCCAACAACAAUUACAAUUCCAACAACAACAGUUGCAGUUACAACAACAACAGCAACAACAGCAAGCUCAACAACAACAACAACUGCAACUACAACAACAACACCAACAACAACAACAGUUACAAUUGCAGCAACAACAACACUUGCAACAGCAACAACAACAACAGCAACAACAACACCAACAUCAACAACUACAGCAACAACAUCACCACCAACCACCACAACAGAUUAAUAACAAUAUGUCUCCGCCAACCACAAAUAUUUCUACACCAGGUACUUCUACUAUUUUACCGCAAAUCCAGGCUCCUAAUAUUCAAUCUCAACAAAAUAUCACUCAAGCACCGCCUCAAAUUCAACCUUUAAACUCUACUGUUAAUAACAAUAAUAGUAAUAAUAAUGGUACCACAAUUCCUCCUAUACAACAACAAGCUAAUGGUAAUCCAGCUGCUCCGACUAUUCCUUCUAUUUCUAACACCAACAAGAAUUUAUCACCUGUUACUACCACACCAGCUGCAAAUACCACACCUGACGUAUCUCAAAUCACUAAUGUUAAUACAAAUACGGUAUCAACAGCUAAGCCCGAGAUUAAACCUUUGGAUAACACGCCUAGUGCUAGUCCUGCCGUUGCUACCGAUACUGCUAUCGCUACUGCUAGGCCAGAUCAAGGUAGUGUUUCAGAAAAGCAUCUUACUACUACUACUACCUCUGUUGUACCAAACAACAGCGCUGCCGCUAAUGCCAAGUCAGCUGAAACUGGCAAUAUUGUAGAUACUGUUACUACAAAGACAGAUACUAGCGCCAACACCCCUUCUUCUCCUGCCGGCGCAGUAACCGGUGCAACUGCUGCUUUGAAGGAACAUUAUGUUGUUCCUGCAAACCAGCGUGCCACUCAUUCAAAGCCAAUCCCUCCCUUUUUAUUAGAUUUGGAUUCUCAACUGGUUCCAGCUAAUUUGAAAAAGCAGACUAAUGAUUAUUACAUUUUGUACAACCCUGCUUUGCCUCGUGAAAUUGAUGUCGAAUUGCACAAGAGUUUGAAUCAUUCUUCAGUUGUUUGUUGUGUCAAGUUUAGUAACGAUGGCAAAUAUUUAGCCACUGGUUGUAAUAAGACCACACAAGUUUAUGAUGUGUUGUCUGGCGAUCUGGUUGCCAGAUUGUACUCAGAUAACAGUGGAACCAACAGUUCAAAUAAUGAUGAACAUAAGCCUAAUAGCGUUACAGGGUCAGGUGCUGGUGAAUCUAGUGGUGCCGAGGAGAAUAAGAAUAUUGAGAGCACCAAGGAUAAUAAUGAUGAUUCUUCGAAGAAUGCUACUUCUUUAUCAUCUUCAGAUUUAUAUAUCCGUUCUGUUUGUUUCAGUCCUGAUGGCAAGUUUUUAGCCACUGGUGCUGAGGACAAAUUAAUUCGUAUUUGGGAUUUAACCACGAAAAAAAUUGUCAUGAUUUUGAGAGGCCACGAACAGGAUAUAUAUUCCUUGGAUUAUUUCCCCAGUGGGGAUAAAUUGGUUAGUGGUUCUGGUGAUCGCACAGUUAGAAUAUGGGAUUUGAGGACAGGCCAAUGUUCUUUGAUACUUUCCAUCGAAGAUGGAGUUACGACAGUUGCUGUAUCCCCAGGUGAUGGUAAAUAUGUGGCUGCUGGUUCGUUAGAUCGGACUGUCAGAGUUUGGGAUAGUAGCACUGGGUUCCUGGUAGAAAGACUAGACUCGUUAAACGAAUUGGGUACCGGUCAUAAAGAUAGUGUUUACUCUGUUGUUUUCACUAGAGAUGGUAAAUCCGUUGUUUCUGGAUCUUUGGAUCGUAGUAUCAAGUUAUGGAACUUAAGAUCGGCUAAUAGCAAUACUAACAAUGCUUCUGAGGGUAAUAGUGGCAAAUCCAACAGUGCACAUUGUGAAGUCACUUAUACUGGUCAUAAAGAUUUUGUUCUAAGUGUUGCCACUACCCCUGGUGAUGAAUAUAUAUUGUCGGGUUCCAAAGAUCGUGGUGUUUUGUUCUGGGAUACUAAGUAUGGUAAUCCAUUGUUGAUGUUGCAAGGUCAUAAGAACUCUGUUAUUUCUGUUGCUGUUGCUAACGGGCAUCCAUUGGGUCCAGAAUACGAUGGUGUUUUCGCUACCGGUAGUGGAGAUUGUAAAGCUAGAAUUUGGAAAUAUAAGAAAAUUAAAAAUUCCCCUAAUACUAAUAAUAAUGUAUCCAAAAUUAAAGAAAUAGAAUGA